AUGACCCAAGACGUUUUCACCCAACUAUAUCAGUCCCUCACUCCUGUGAUGGGUACUACUACGCCCGCUCAAGAAUCCUCAUCUAUGUUUGACGAAUGGCUCAAGCAAGAUUUUCUUUCAGAGUGCAGUGUCAACUCUUCUCCUGAGAUUGCCACCCCUCUUGAUCAAUUCCUCAUGUCGCCUCCUUUCCAAUCAAAGGACAAAAUAUCAUCAAAAUCCUCUCCAUUAGCUGAAUCCAACGUUGUUGACCUCGACGUCUCUGCAAUCUUGGACUCUCCUGCUCCUCAAUUCUUUUCAAUGCCUUCCGUCUCGACGCCAUCCACACCAGCUGUUGCCGCUACUCCUGUGCCUACUGCUGCCACAUCCACUGCUUGCGGUACUCCCCAUGUUCAGAUGACCAGCUUGUUUGCCGAUAUUGGCGACUCACUGCCUGCUGCUUUGGCCGCAUUAGCUGCUGUUGCCGCUCCUACACCUGUUGCCACUGCUGCUGUGCCAGAGAUGUCGCCUGCUGUGAUCAGUGCAUCGACUCCCGCCUUCUCUGCUUCUCCCUCUCGUAGCCGCAAGCGAUCCAACGACGAUGCCUCUAUUGAUCCUGCUGAUGAUGCCGCCGUGAAACGUCAAAAGAACACUGAUGCUGCUCGUCGUUCUCGUCUUCGUAAGGUGCAAAAAAUGGAAACUCUUGAGGCCCGUGUCUCAGAGCUCGAGAAGAUCAACGCUGGCCUAUUGAUGCGUGUUGCUGUGCUGGAUUCUGAAAAGACAAACUUAAAGGCCAAGGAAUCUUCUUACGAGGAUCGUAUCAAGGUUUUAGAGGGACAAUUAGCUGAGGCUCACAAGGCACUCUCUUCUCGUUCUUAA